AUCAAGAAUGUUGUGUUGUUGGUGUUGGAGAAUCGUAGCUUUGAUCGAAUGAUGGGGUGGUUUAAAUACAACAAAGAUAUCGAUGGUUUAACUGGGGCAGAGUUUAACUAUGUUGACCCAUCCGACCCUUCGAGCCAAAAAAUAUAUGCUACCCGUAAUGGCCUUCUCAAAGACCCAUUGGAUCCUGCCCAUGGUUACCAGGAUGUUACCUACCAGAUCAGUGGUGAUCCAACCUUGGCAUCGGAUGCAAGUAUGAAGGAAGCCACAAUGGGUGGAUUUGUACAGAACUUCGUCAAGACAUUUGAGCAGAUUAAGGAUAACGCUACAGCUAUCCAUCAGAUUAUGGAUGGGUUUGAGCCAUCCAAAAUCCCAAUUACUUACGAAUUGGCAUCUAACUACACUAUCAUGAACCGCUAUUUCUCAUCCUUCCCUGGAUCUACCAUGCCAAAUCGCCUGUACGUUCAUUCAGGAACUUCUAAUGGCGAAGCUAACACUGAUGGAACUCAUUAUAUUAAAGGAUAUUCGCAAAAGACCAUUUACAAUAAUUUAGAUGAUGCUGGCAUUGAGUGGAAAAAUUAUUACGAAGAAGUACCAUCUCUCAUAGUUUUCACCAAAUUGAGAGCCAAGUUGAACCGUUUCAAGAAUUGGUCAACCUUCAAAUCCGAUGCUGCUUCCGGAAACUUACCUCCAGUGUCUUUCCUUGACCCUGCUUACUUUGGAAUUGCCAACUGCAUCGUGGAAGAUGAUAACCACCCCCCAGCUGAUGUAGCCCAAGGAGAACGUCUUCUUAAAGAUGUUUACGAGACCCUCCGUGCUUCUCCUCAGUGGAAUGAGACUCUCUUUAUCGUUACUUAUGAUGAGCACGGUGGAUACCAUGAUCACGUCCCUACUCCUCUCAAAGCCCCUAAUCCCGAUGGUGUCAAUGUCACCGAUUUUAACUUCAACAGACUUGGUGUUCGCGUUCCUACUCUAUUAAUCUCGCCUUGGGUCGAAAAGGGUGGCGUUAUUGGUAAGGCUGAUGGUCCAUAUCCUGAUUCCGAAUACGAGCAUUCAUCAAUUCCUGCUACUAUUAAAAAGAUUUUUAAUUUGCCUAAUUUCCUCACUAAACGUGAUGCCUGGGCAGGCACUUUUGAAGGUGCUAUUACUGAAAACAAGUUGCGCACUGAUUGCCCUGCCACACUCUCACCCCCUCCU